UGUAGCUAAUACUGGAAAUAUUAAACGUUGAGACUGCAGGUUUUCAUUUAAAUUGCAUCACUGAACUCUCCUUUUUUAUUUCUUUUUUGUCUUUUAAGAAUUUGGAUUGUCAAGAAUUUAUGAUGAUGAGCCUUUUUUUCCCUCUUUUAUUUUUCUCUGUUCUGUGUAUUAAUAGCUUCUCAGGAGUGCAGGGAAAGAAAUGGAAAGGUGAAGGUACUACUCAAAACCUGGAAAGUAUUGUCAUUGGAAGAUGCUAUGAUUAUAUUAGAAUUGUGAACCCUGCUGUUGGUGAGAAGAAUUGUUCACAGAUAUGGGAAGCAUUUAAAAAUGCAUUUAUUAACAAGGAUCCUUGCAGCAUUCUACCUGAGGAUUAUGAAUUAUUUAUCAACCUCACAUUGCACAUGAUUCCACCUAACAAGUCUCUUUUCUGGGAAAAUAAUCAGCUGUUAGUCAAUAGCUUUGCUGACAGAGGACGUCGCUUCAUGUCUCUGGGUGAUACUCUGUUUGGCUUCGUUGCAGAUUUUCUCUACUGGUGUGGGCAGGCAGACAGCCCUGGACUGGACUAUGAAUCCUGCCCUACCACGGUGGAAUGUGAAAACAAUGCGGUGGAAUCUUUCUGGAGGAUGGCCUCAAUCACUUAUGCACAUCACAGCUCUGGGGUGAUACAUGUCUUGCUGAAUGGUUCUGCAGAUGGAGGAGCUUAUCCACAGCCAGGUUUUUUUGCAGAUUAUGAAAUACCUAAUCUCCAGAGAGGCAAAAUUUCACAAAUUGUCAUUUGGGUUGUGGAUGAUAUUGAAGGACCCGAUAUAGAUUCCUGUGGAGCUCAUACUGUGAAAACAUUAGAAACUAGGCUGAAAACUCUCGGUUAUGAUGUCACUUGUACUGACAAUAACAAGUCUGUAAUGUUCUUACUCUGCCUGGAUAAUCCUGAUGAUUCUAAAUGUGCCCUUGCAUCAUCUGCACCAGCAGCACAAAGAGGACCUAUAUCUUCAGACAGAGGAGGCAGCUGGAACAAGCUCAUGUUUGUUUCUUUUGCAAGCUUUUUGUUCAGAUUUGCUUCAGUGUUCUAAGUUAAUCAACUGAAUCCAUAUCCUCUGUUUGCCUUAGCUGGCUAUAAGCUUGGCUUCAGCUAAUUUCUAACAGUAGUUUCCCCCUACUUUUGGGACUGGCAAACCUGCAUAUUAAAACCCUCCAUACUAGAUACUGGCUUAUUUUAGUAUCAAAAAUUAUCCCACUGCUACUAGAAAGCCUCAUUUUCUUCUUCAAGAAGAAAUUUUUUUUCAUUUUCUUUUUCUAGAAGAAGUUAAUU